UUGGGAGGUUCAGCACCGGGACAGGGGGAGAAAAGCCCUUGCCCGGAGCCCUCUUCGCUGCUCGGGGGGCCAUCCCCCCUCCCUUUCCCCCCCUUCCCUGGUGGGGGGCUGCUGAGCAAGGAGCAGGGAGGGAGGGUCGAGGAGCCGGAACGGCCGUGGGCUGCCUGCGAGAGGGAGCCCGACUAGACGGAGCCCCCCCUGCAAAAGCCCCUCUGCCCGAGCCUGGCUGGGGGGGAGGGGGGAGGCAAGGAGGAGAGUGGUGGGCCAGGAGGCCUUUUGGGGGAGAGGAGGGAAGAGCCCCCCCCACCAAACACACACACCGAGAGGGAUCCCCUCUAAGUCUCCCAGCAGGUCCAGUGCUUUUCCUGUCAUCAGCUUUGGAGAACUUCCAAGAUUGUGGUGGUUCUCCGAGAAGAUGGAGGGCAAAGACCUAGCCGGGAAAGCACAAAAGGUGGAGGCAGCCGGGGAAGAGUCCUGAAUUCUCCCGGGGGGCCUCCAUUUGGACCGGCCGUUGAGGGGGGAUUCGGCCACCUGGAGGCCGAAGAACCCCGAGAGGUUUGCAGCCAGCUCCAUUGUCUUUGCCUUCAGUGGCUGCAGCCAGAAAGGAACACCAAAGCUCAGAUGCUGGACCUGGUGGUCCUGGAGCAGUUCCUGGCCGUCCUUCCCCCGGAGAUGGCCAACUGGGUGCGGGAGUGUGGCGCCGAGACCAGCUCCCAGGCGGUGGCCCUGGCGGAAGGCUUCCUCCUGAGCCAGGCGGAGGACAAAGAGGUGCAGGAAGGCUCCAGUGAAGUGGACCCACAUGGACCCAGAGCAAAGGGGGAACCAUCACUUCCUUCUCGGGUGACGUUCUUUAGGGAGAUCUCUCAAGAGGAAGAAGCUCAAGAUAUCUCACCGGGGGACCGUACAACAUCAGUGGACCUUCUGGAAGCCUCUUCUCCUUUUUCUAGUGGAGCAGCGAGAGCAAUUCAGCUGCCAGCUCAGAGUGCUGUGUCUUUCCAGGAGGUAGCAGUGUGUUUCACAAAGGAGGAGUGGGCCCUGCUGGAUUCCAUGCAGAAAUCCCUCCAUGGAGAAGUCAUGAUGGAAAAUUCCAGAAAUGUGACUUCUCUGGUAGGAGAUGAGCAGGAAACUGUGAAUGAUCAGGAACUAAAUAGAGUGAUGUCAGAAACAUUUGAAGAAGAAGUGGGACAGGAGACUUCUGAAAGUCACUGGAGCUCAAAGAUACAUGACGAAUACCACCUUCAGUAUAUGGGAGAUAAUGCAUCCCUUUCCCAAGGUGUGGAAGUCCUUGAGUCCUCAAUCCAGCAGGAACACGCGGAAAACAGAACUAACUCUUGGCUACUGCAUAGCACUAUAUUAAAAAAUAACUUGGACUUAGAUAAUCAGUGUGCAACCGAAACGGAAUAUAACUAUGAUGAAGGCAGAAAUCCUGAAUUGUCUUGCGGGCAGACCUUCCCUCCUCCUUCAUGUCCAGAAAUCCACACUGGGGAGAAUUCCUAUAAAUGCACAGAGUCCGGAGAGGAGCUCAGUGAUCCCGGUAACCUUGCUUCCCCAAAAACAACGCGUACGGGCAAAAGAGCGCAUAAAUAUUUAGAGCAUGGAAAAAAGAGCCUCAAGCAGAGUGGUCUGCUUACUGUCCAGACGAAGCUUCACAAUGAGAAACCAUAUCAAUGCAAGGAGUGUGGAAAGAGCUUCAGGAGCAGCAGCCACCUAACUUCCCAUCAUAGGAUCCACACCGGAGAAAAACCUUAUAAAUGUAUAGAGUGUGGGAAGAGCUUUAGGCAACGUAGUCAUCUUAUUUCUCACAGAAGGAUCCACUCAGGUGAAAAACCAUACACGUGCAUCGAGUGUGGAGAGAGCUUCAGGUUAAGCAGUCAGCUGACGUAUCAUAUGUGGAACCACACGGGGGAGAAGCCGUAUAGUUGUGCGGAAUGCGGAAAAAGUUUCAGCAAUGUCAGUUCCCUCACUUGCCAUAAAACCAUCCAUACGGGAGAGAAACGAUACAAAUGCACGGAGUGUGGAAAACGGUUCAGGAACAGCAGUCAUCUUACUUCCCAUAAAAGGAUCCAUACAGGGGAGAAACCAUAUAAAUGCACAGAGUGUGGGAAGUGCUUCAGAGACAGCUCUGCCCUGGUGUCUCAUAGAACAAUCCACACAGGAGAGAAACCGUACAAAUGUAUGGAGUGCGGAAAGAGCUUCAGCCAAGGAUACUCUCUUACGACCCAUCAGAUGAUCCAUUCAGGGGAGAGGCCCUAUAAAUGUAUGCAGUGUGGAAAGAGCUUCAAAUGGAAUAGUCACCUUACUGCACAUCAAAGGAUCCACACGGGAGAAAAACCAUACAAAUGUGUGCAGUGCGGAAAGAGCUUCAAAAACAGGAGUAAUCUCACUAGCCAUAAAAGGAUCCACACGGGAGAAAAACCGUAUAAAUGCAUGGAAUGUGGCAAGUGUUUCAGAGGCAGCUCUGCCCUUAUUUGCCAUAAAACAAUCCACACGGGAGAAAAACCAUAUAAAUGUAUUGAAUGCGGAAAGAGUUUCAGCAGAGGCAGCUCCCUUACUUUCCACAAAAGGAUUCACACAGGGGAGAAACCCUAUCAGUGUCUGGAGUGUGGAAAGAGCUUCAACCAGAGUAAUUCCCUUAUUUUCCAUAGUAGUGUCCACACGGGGGAGAAACCGUUUAAAUGUACAGAAUGUGGAAAAAGCUUCAGCAAAGAAGGUUGCUUUGUUUCCCACAAAAGGAUCCACACAGGGGAGAAACCUUAUCAAUGUCUGGAGUGUGGAAAGACGUUCAGAUUGAACAGUCAGCUUACAUCUCAUCAAAGGAUCCACACGGGAGAGAAACCAUAUCACUGUAUGGAGUGUGGAAAGACGUUCAGAUUAAGCAGUGAUCUUACUUCCCAUAAAAGGAUCCACACAGGAGAGAAACCGUAUGAAUGCAUGGGAUGCGGAAAAAGCUUCAAGCGCAGCAGUGACCUUACUUCCCAUAAAAGGAUCCAUACUGGAGAAAGACCAUAUGAGUGUCUGGAGUGUGGAAAGACCUUCACAAUGCGAUCAUCCCUAACGUCUCAUAAAAGGAUCCACACAGGGGAGAAACCGUAUCAGUGCACAGAGUGUGGAAAGAGCUUCCGUGAAAAUGGAUCUCUCACUAUUCAUAAGAGGAUCCACACAGGAGAGAAACCGUAUCAAUGUAUGGAGUGUGGAAUGAGCUUCAGGUUGCGCAGUCAGCUUGCAUCUCAUAAGAGUAUGCAUAGGAGUUUAUCCAUAGAGCCUGCACUGUAGGAGAAGGAAAUGGCAUUGAUUAGAACAGGCAAAACCAUCCCCUUCCCAGGGGCAAUAUUAACCCUCUCUACUCAGCCACAGAAGGCCCAGGAGUGCAGAGAUACUGAGAGGUGAGCAAAGGCUUUGGGUAGCAAGGCCCUUACAUGACAAGCCAUAAAAAAUAUCUUUAGAAACUUACUAUGUUCGUAUAACACACUGUUCACUCAAAUACAUCAUUAUUUUUGUAACUCUGUUCCACUGUCUCACGGAUUCCACAUCUGACUUCACUAACCAAGGCACCCAUCACAUACAUGCUUAAUACAAUUAUUUUCGACAAUCGUAUGUAUAUUCUCGUUUGUGUAAGUGUAUAAGGAGAGAUCUCCUCCCUUUUUAGAUUUUUGCUUCUGUCUCUAGUACUAUAAUAAAUAUAUUCUUUGGUGGACA